CCCGCGCGGCAGGGCCGCCUCGGGCCUUCCAGUGGCUCGGUCAAGGAGAGCCUGGAGCUGAAGGACAUCUUUAUCGCGGUGAAGACGACGAGGAAGUAUCACAAAACGCGCCUGGACUUGCUUUUCCAAACCUGGAUCUCCCAGGCGAGAGGACAGACAUUUAUAUUCACAGACUGGGAGGAUCAGGAGCUACGCCUGAAAGCAGGGGAUCAUAUGAUCAACACCAACUGUUCAGCUGUCCACACGCGUCAAGCUCUCUGUUGCAAGAUGUCUGUGGAAUAUGAUAAAUUCCUAGAAUCUGGGCAAAAAUGGUUUUGCCAUGUGGAUGAUGACAACUAUGUGAACCCACGUACUCUCCUGCGUCUCUUAUCUGCCUUCUCACACAGCCAGGAUGUCUAUGUGGGGCGACCAAGUCUGGACCAUCCCAUUGAAGCAGCUGACCAUGUCCAAAGUGAUGGAUCAAAGACAAGCGUGAAAUUCUGGUUUGCCACAGGUGGAGCAGGGUUCUGCAUCAGCAGAGGUCUUGCUCUGAAGAUGAGUCCCUGGGCCAGCCUGGGUAACUUCAUCAGUACUGCAGAAAGAGUGCGUCUUCCUGAUGAUUGCACGAUUGGCUACAUCAUUGAAGGGCUGCUGGAGGUAAAGUUGCUGCACAGCCCAUUGUUCCAUUCCCAUCUGGAAAAUCUGCAGAGACUGCGAGGCGAGUCUGUGCUGCAACAGGUAACCCUAAGUUAUGGAGACCCUGAGAACAAACACAAUGUUGUAAGUGUGGGAGGAGUGUUUGGGCUUCAGCAAGAUCCAACCCGGUUUAAAUCUGUCCAUUGUCUUCUGUAUCCUGACACUAUCUGGUGCCCUACUAAGAAGAUGUUCUAAUUUUUGACCAGUUGUUGACACCUGUAUCCUACCUACUUUGCAUAAAACAGGAGUUUGGACUUUUUUUUUUGUCUCCCAGAAAAAAAAAAUCUACAAAGGAGGUAGACAGACUCUAUUUACAAAAGCAAGACUUUGUGUAAUUAUGGCAAGAAGGUAUUUGUUCAGCUGCAGCCUGGGACAUUUCAGAGAAGAAAACUUUCCAUUCCUUGUUCUUUGGUCCAGUGGCUCUUCAUGCAAUGGCUACGGUCAUAUAUGUGUACAAGUCACUUUAUGCUUUCAUCUGAUGUCAUGUGAGCCCUGCCUAACACAUGAAAUCUGUGCUCAGACACAUUCUAGGCAAAUGCAGUACCUAAAAUGCUAGCAUUCUUACUACUGUUACCAGCUUUGAGUGGCUCUCUUGAAGCUGAAGUGCUAUAGCAGACUACAGUCCCCAUGGUGACAAGAUGGGAGAAAGUUUUUGCUUGUCUUUUUUGGGAACAGACUUAUUUAAGAACUUCUACGGCCUGCCAAUAUUACACUUGCUCUGCCUCUGGGCUGGAACAGGCUCUGCUUGUAACCACCAGAAAUCCUGGAAUUGCUAGGGUAGACAAGGGUAAAAGCCUUUGUCAUGGGAAAACCCUGUGUAAGGAAAACCCUGUGUAAGCUUACUCAGGACUGUGUAAGAGUUGCUUACAGCGCACGUUCUUCCCAACAGUCCAUGUGUACCUCCCAUGGAGGUGAUUGUCAGACUUGGUUCUCUUACCACUGAAUGGCAGUGGUUGUUGAUUAUGAUGGUGGUUUGCUAGGUCUAAGACUAUUCCCUUCAUAUUUGAUACUGAAGAAAUAUUUUUCAGGCUAGAUAGUAAUCAUUUCUCCUACAUUGCCCACAGCAGGUUGUAUGAGCUAGAGCAUGCUCAUUGGUUGAUGAAACAUCCUGUUUUUGAAGCUGUGCUGUAUCCUUUGCUGUCUGUGAGAAAGGAGGAAUGCUAGAUAGCUGUAAUGCCCUGAGGAAGUUUUUCAUUAUAUAAUUUGAGGACCUAUAAUUGUGAGACAGUGUUUACCCCACUUCAGCUUCUAAAGGUAAUCUUUUGAGGCUUAAAUAAAUACUGUUUUUACUCUACAUCUUAAUGUUUCAAUAAAUAGAUCAUGCAACUGGUAAAAGGAAACUGCACACUUGCACAAAAACAGAAGUUCAGUGCUGUAGCAGUAUCACCUACUGCUGUUUUUUUUUUAAAUAGAGUAAGCUUAGCUUUGAAAGUGGAAGAAAUGAGAUUCCGUAUAUUUAGUUUUCUCUUAGUCCAAACUUCGACUGUGCAAUCUAUAGCUGAUAUGAAGAACAGCAUUAAAAAUAUUACUUUACAAAACGACUCAAACUCUUGAGUGUACUCAAACUCUUCAGAAAAUACUUGCUGGUUUAGUGCUAAGUCUGAGGCUGAAUUAAUGGGAGAAAAAAAGACAGUGUAUAAUCUAGAACCAUGAUUUAUGGCUAGAAGUGAACCUAGCAGGUUGCAGAUUUUUAAACGGCUGUAUCAAGCUGUACUGUGUAUUUCAGCUAGUUACUUCUUACCAUUUGAAAAGUGGUAUAAUCCAGGCAAAUACCUGCAGUGUUUUCAAGUAUGAAACUUAGUGGAGGUAUCAGCUUCCCAGAAUAUACUUGUCUUUGCACUCUAUUUUUAAAAGAAACCUUUCAGUAACUGGAUACACUGUUCUCUCUGCAUGAUUUUACUUAGUUUCACUGAGGAGCUGACUGCUGCAGCUUGUUCUUAAGUUUCUCCUUUCCUUUAUCCUUACCAAGGCAGUGCUUUCUUUGACCAUGAGGCAUGGGAAUAAGAGUGCUGUAAGAAAGGAGAUCAAAGUCCAGUUAACAUAGCAGCUGUUCUACAGUAGGAAUGCCUGUAACACUGACAGCCUGUUACAGACAGUGGAGGAGGACUUGUGGAACAGUAGGUUGUGGGAUGUUCUGCCUCUCUAUUAGGUCUUCUGCUAACCAGAACUCAGGCGUCCUAUGGUUUAAUAAUUUUGUUAUUAAUAGCUCUGGAGAUUACUGAUAUCCAUUUAAACACCUUUCCUUUAUAUUUUUUUUUAAGCAUUUGUUAGGUUCUUUGUUUUCAACCUCCUGUAGCAGAAAGUUAUGAAGCUUCAUGAGCACUUGAUGAGAUUUCAUCUUCAGCAUUUUCAUCCUCAGUGAUUUUUGAACUCUUCUGUUGGAGUUUUUCUUCCUCUUCUUCUGGGAGCAGCAUCUUGUCAGAUACCACAGACAGCAUGGACUGGGUAGCGAUUAAGUGGCAAACUGCAGUUCAAAAAUGACAAUACUUUAUACUGGUGGCAGCAAAACUAAGUGGUAGAAGUUCCACGCUGUGGUCACUGCUCAUCCAAAAUUGAGUAUGCUGCCUCUAUCAUGUCUAAUGCUGGUUGGGUGUUUAUUAAGCUGAAAAAGACCCUAUUCUUCUGUAUGGCAAUACAGAACAGUUCGUGCUCAAGCUUCUUUUAAGGUUUUUCUUCUUGACAAUACAUUAGGCUCUAUAGUUGUAUCAAGGAUGCAGCUUUCUAAUCAUACUACUGUUAUGAUAAAAUGAUUCUAUGAAAUUAAAUAUUUAAGUAUGUCA